AUGGCUUCGAGCUACAAUCCGGAUCCCUCGACCGAGGCUUCCGACACCCUCUAUACCGCGCUACUAUCGCAAAGGGACUUGUCCAGCAGAAUCCCUAUCAACUAUGUCACAGCACCAGGAGUCGCCCUGACCCCGGUGUGUUUCUCGGACCGCGUAUACGAAGAUGCUGCUGCGCAGCAAUGUUUGUCGAACCUCCUUUCAAUUGGGUUUCACCGGUUAAUCGUCGACUUGUAUUGGGAUCAGAGCCGUCAGACAUGGAGUUUGUGUCCUGUUGAACUUAGCAAUGAAGGCAACUCCACCUCGCCAAUCCGAACUGGAGCCUUUCCCAGCAGUCUUUCUACGUCUUCCUCGUCCACGAGCCCAUCGGCAACCUUGACAGUGGCUAGAUUUUCUGGAGCUACGGCCGAGCGUCUGGUACGGGAGCCUCUCCACAGUUCCCUGAUCAAUGCGGAAGAAGAUGUGCAUCGAAGAACAGGAAUCCUCGCCCGACAAACUCCCGAGGAUUCUUCCGAGCUAAUGACUGCACUCAGUACCGACUCAGCAUCGUUAGCCACUGUAGUUGCAGAUGGGUCACCUGCCCGAGUUAGCGAAGUGAGCAUGACAGUAACAUCUCAGUCUACCGCAGCCGCACGGCCGUCAGAGACAGGACGACAUCAAAUUGGAGGCUAUUCGUGUACUGAAAGCAUAGGGCUCACCACUCUGACUGAAGUGCUGGCAGACUACUUCAGCUUCACUGAGAACGAUCUCAACGCAACUUUCAAAUAUCUUGAGCUCAACGUGCGAUUGGCAGCACCUUUCGAUGAUCCGACGAAUAUCUCGAGUUCGCCUGAUCCUGAAAGAUUGCCCACUCUCGGAAACUACCUUAGCGAUCUUAUUAAUUCGACCCUCUCUCCAUAUCUAUAUACACCAUUUGCUCUUCGGACCGAGAGAGCUAACCUUAACGACUCGUGGUUCUCAGGCGCCAUCAAUAAUCCACCGGCAUCGGAGUAUAUCAACACGAUGCCUCUAAGCGACGGCUCGGGACUAUACACAUUAGACGGUUGGCCGAGUGAGAGCGUCAUUAUGUUGCAACGUGCUCUCCGACUUGUUGCCAAUAUCGGGAGCGUCGAUUCCCAAAUGCAGCAGUACGACUUUGGCGUAGAUGCCGAUACGAUAUUUCCCACUGGCUAUGUUUCCAACACGAUUGACACAACCUUAUCUGCUGACGGUGGAGUCACAGAGGGCUGCUUGUAUCAAUCCAGAAACUACACGUUGUCGAAUGCGAAUUCUUCAUGGGCAGUGUCCAGCAGUUUACCCAACACCACAUCUCUCAACACCACGAGCUACGCAGCAGCCAAUCUAUCAUCGUGUGGCAUCUCACCUGUAUUGAACAAGCCACUAAUAGGCACCUUGGCAAGAGACAAUGCUACACUAUAUCGGGAGUUUAUACGUGAUUCGCUCUGGGGCUGGGCUGACGAUGAGCCCAGUGAUAGCGAUGCAUCGGAAGCGACAGGUAGCAGACAUUGUGCAGUCACUAAUGCAUCCAACGAUGGUCUCUGGGAAGUGGUCGACUGCACCGACGAGAACCAUUUCGUCUGCCGUCGCAACGAUUCGCCCUACACUUUCAGUGUGAGCGACUCCAAGGCUAGAUAUUACCAGGGAGAUCAGGCAUGUGGUGAGGACAUCAGCUUUGCUGUUCCUCGUACCGCACUGGAGAACCGCUACAUGGUUGCCGCUGUCCGAGACUGGAUUUCUCGUCAAUCCGAUUUUGACGAUCAGCCUGUGUUCUGGCUCAACAUCAACGAUAUUGACACCAGAGAUUGUUGGGUUAGCGGUGUAGACCAGACAUGUCCCUACCGAUCCGAUCUCGACAGUGAUCAGAAAAGCAUUGUGAUACCCACCGUUGCAGGCGUUAUCGUGUUUCUUCUAGCUAUACUGACGUUAUUUGUCAAGUGUGCUGCGAACAGACAAAACACCAGACGACGCCGCAAGCGCACCGAAGGUGGUUGGGAGUACGAAGGGGUUCCCUCUUGA